AUGAAAUUAGUUUAUUUUCUUUCGUGGAUAGCAGUAGCUGCUCCGCAUCCUUCGCUUGACAAGACCACACGAGUUGACGUCCUACACAAUGUCACCGUCAACAUCGCAGCACCACUUGGAAUCGAUGCUACACCUUCUAGCCAACAAAUCGAAUGUCCUAUACCUUGUGCUAACCACACAAACACGAACACAUGGACAGAGUAUGGAUCGAUUGACCACCUACGUCGCUGCCAGGAACCCAUGCUUAUUGCACCAAUGUUUCCCGACGCUCUUGCCAACCUAACUUCUACCACUACCGUCUACGGCUGCUCGCUCAAUUCCAGUCGUCCAGUCUAUGACUGGACAUCGGAGUCAUUCGCGAAGAGCUCUCAGUUUAGUAUUCGGCAACCAGAUGGCAUGUACUCCGCAUCCUGUGAGUCUACCGGCCAAGAGGUCGAGAGUAAAGUCAUGGUAGUUCGAGGCAACGAUGGCAAUGACAAAUUCAGUAGGUUGCACUUUAUUCUCCUAGGCCAGUCAGUAGAGCGAACGCUUGCAGAUCCCUCCAACUGCCCUACGAAAACUCUCUUCGCCCAAUCUAGAAGCAUGAUAGUGAGUAUCUAUAGCGGAGGCUCCUUGGCAAAGUCAACAAUAACGUCUGCAUGGAAUGCAAUCUCGUAUCUGCCAAUCGUCGGCCAUUCGACUCAGAUGCUCGUCGAGAUUUGCGAUGACAGUCGAGGACCUGAAAGGAUCUUAGGCAUUGCAAUUGACAUUGUCGAAAACCGCGAGCUGGUUGAAGAGUUUACUUUGGGUUGGAGUCAAGGGAAAUGUUUCGCGGGCCCAAAAAACGCAACCGUUUUGCCUGGAGUGAAGGUUCAUGAGAUAUCUGAUCCUAGCCUCAGACUUUCACGUCCUCAGCUUCCGCGUCCUCAGAUUCCUCGUCCUCGGCCUUCACGUCCCCAGCCUCCGCGUCCUCAGCCUUCGCGUUCUCAGCCUAAGCGUCCUGGGCCACCUCAACAUCAGCCUAAGCGCCCUCGGCCGCCUCAACAUCAGCCUCCGCAUCCUGAGCCUACCUUCCAACGCCGCGAGUUGCAACGAUGCAUAUCAGGCGAAGAUCGCACUUUGAAUACUGGCGAUCUCUGCGAGUUUUCUUGCGAAUACGGCUUCUGCCUAGAAUCCUUGUGCGAGUGCACCGCCCGAGGUAUUCCAUCACAGGUUCCGCCUGAGAAAGAAGUCGAUGUCGUCGCCUGGGACGAUACGAACACGGAUCUUAAUAUUCUUUGCAAGUUUGCCUGCAAGUACGGCCAUUGUCCGCAAGAUAUCUGCACGAGCCGUAUCGAUGGACCAGAUACGAGUGACAUCGACAUCGUGGUAACCGACCCUGAGUACCCUCUCGACUAUGCCAGGCGUGUCAAGGAAAGCAAUUCGAAGAAUUGCAACAUAUACAAAGAGCCUCAACACUGGGACUACCAAAAGAAAAGUUGCGAUUCCAUCUGCAAGCCAGAAACUGAUCAAGCCAAGAAAGAAGGCAAAAUGUCUAAUGCGUUCUGCCUGGGCUUUUGGCCAAUCGACAAACCUAUCCCUUGGCAAAAGAUCGGCCCAGAUACGACAAUUGCUGGAGGGAAAUGCGAAUGCAACAACCCUCUGGUAAACGAAUUUGCAGAUAUCGUCUUGGAUGGCAUGCCACAGAUGGCUCAGAUCUCAUGCUAUAUUAUGAUGUCAACGCUGAAACUAGUGCUGGAAAUUGGUGUAGAAUCUAUUCCUGUGGUAGGCAAGCCAAUUAGCGCUGGCCUAGAAAUCGCCAAUACGGCUGCUCAAAUGGCAGCAUAUCUUUAUCCCAAGGAAGAAGACCCUGAAGGCGCUUUCUCUUGGUGGCUUCAGCCAUGUGGCGGAACAAACUUGGUUCCGGAAGACAUCAAAAAAGUAUAUGACAUAUUGAGCAACUCGCCUGCUGGAAGAGACCGAUUCGAGAAGAAGAAGAAAUCGGAUAACCUCAAACAAGGUAGUGGCAAAAAGGAUGACGACAAUAACCCCACUGAUAGAAAGAUCCAAAAGGGGCGGAAGUGCAGGGUUCCACCAGCAAAAUCAACCAUGCGACUUGGGGCUGCUAAAAACACAUUGAGGAUACAAUCUUGUGUCAACGAUGCGACAAGGAAAAAUGAUUUAGUUGUAACAUCGGUUGUCUACGCACCCAACGCCAAGCCGACUGUUGUGGAGAGAGAAUGUAGCCAAAAAUGGUCUCAAGCUUGCUUCCAUUAUAGUUCGGCUAUCAAGGUCAAUCCGCAAUGGGCUACUCUAACUUGUCCGCCUGAAGCCGCGGCAACGGCGUGGCGCUUAGACGCAGAAGCUGUGCCAGCCUUCCAGAAGCAACAUAAAGGUGAUAGAUGGCUGGAUGAAGUCAAAUCGAACCCUAAUAAGGUAGAUUGCGACAAAGACGAAUACCCACCUGCAUAUCUUCUAGGACUACAGGACCCAGCCCGCCUCAAUUCUGGUAAGAAUGCACAGGGACAACUAAUUCGUCUAAUCCCAGGAGGAAUGAAUCGAGGAGCAGGACAUAUGUGGAAAGGAAUAUGUCUUGGUGCCGCCAUCGAAGACAUGAAGGACUCCGAAUUCAAGGCCAAAGUCGAUGCCGAUCCCAACAGGAAGACCAUCAUACAAGGCGGCGUGACAAGAACUCAGGCCGCUAUCACGGCUACAGUUCGGCCAGAAUUUACCAUUAACAAAUGGGGGCAUGCUGCCAACCCACCGGCGAACGAUGGUCUGGAGCUCAAUACUUGUUGGCCAAACAAUAUUGCUGCGGGCGACCCAGGCUUUGCCUUGUUAACAUUUGAUCCAUACUACAACACCCACCCGCGACUAUACAAUUACAGUAUACCAUAUGUUAAAGUUGGCCUUGUUAUGGAGCAGAGUACUAAAAUUAUACAAGCUCUAGGAGCUCAUUUAAAUCGAUACAAACAACUUUUGUGCUUUCUGCAGAUCACCACGAUGGAUAAUUAA